CUAACCUUAAAGCAUUAUUCCUUUUCCUAGAACAUGUUUUCUUCAACUUUAUCAAUCUCAUGGAUCAUUUUAGCCUUCAUAUUAUUCAUCCUAUCAAGAAUCUUAUCAAGAAAACAAAGCCACAAUGAAAAGAAAAAACCACCAGGUCUACAAGGUCUACCAAUUUUAGGCAGCCUUCACAUCCUAGGGAGCCUUCCUCAUCGUUCCCUUCAAACCUUGUCCAAAAAAUAUGGUCCUAUAAUGUCUCUAAGAUUAGGACUAGUUCCAACAAUUCUAGUAACUUCCCCUGAAUUAGCUGAACUAUUCUUAAAAACACAUGAAUCUAAUUUUGCAAGUAGACCAAAAAUUGAAGCAUCAAAGUAUAUUUCUUAUGGCUACAAAGGUUUAAUUUUUUCUCAAUAUGGUCCUUAUUGGAGAAACAUGAGGAAAGUUUGCACCUUGCAACUUCUAAGUACGACGAAAGUUGAGUCCUUUGCACCUUUGAGGAAGAAUGAAGUUGAAAGGAUGGUUGAAUUGGUAAAGAAAAAAGAAAGGGUUGGUGAGGUUGUGAAUAUUAGUGAAAUUGUGGAAGGUGUUUUAGAAGAAAUUGUAUAUAAAAUGGUGUUGGGGUGUAAUAAGGAUGAUAUGUUUGAUUUGAAGGGGUUAAUUAAAGAGAUUACAACACUAGGUGGAAAGGUUAAUUUUGGAGAUUACGUGCCUUGGUUUAGAAUCUUGGAUUUACAGGGAUUGAGGAGAAGCUUCAAGAGAACAAGUAAAGCAAUUGACAAAAUGUUGGAAAAAAUAAUCAAUGAGAAAGAACAAAGUUUCAAUGCACAAAAUGGUAGUCAUAAGGAUUUCAUAGUAAUAUUACUCUCAAUGAUGGAUCAACCAACUGACCCUAAUGAUGAACAAAAUCAUAUAAUUGAUCGAACAAACAUAAAAGCCAUUAUUUUGGAUAUGAUUUCAGCAGCAUUUGAUACUUCCACAACUGUUAUUUUGUGGGUUUUAUCUGAACUAUUAAGAAAUCCAAAGGUUAUGAAAAAAAUUCAAGAUGAGCUAAAUAAUGUGGUUGGAGUGAAAAAAUUAGUAGAAGAAAUUGAUUUAGUAAAAUUAAAGUAUUUGGAUAUGGUGAUUAAGGAGAGUUUUAGAUUACAUCCUGUCAUACCAUUAAUUGCAAGAGAAUCAAUAAAAGACAUAAUUAUUAAUGGUUAUCACAUAGAAAAAAAUUCGAGGAUCUUGAUAAAUACAUGGGCAAUUGGAAGAGAUCCAAAAAUUUGGUCAGAUAAUGUUGACGUCUUUUAUCCUGAGAGAUUUAUUGACAAUAAUAUUGAUAUUAAAGGAUAUAAUUUUGAAAUAUUACCAUUUGGAUCCGGGCGAAGAGGAUGUUCUGGAAUGAACUUAGGUCUUGUAAGUGUUAAAUUUAUUAUAGCUCAAUUGGUGCAUUGUUUUAAUUGGGAGCUUCCAAAGGGUAUGAGUAUUGAGGAAUUGGACAUGACGGAGCAAUUUGGUUUAACAGUAACAAGAGCAACACAUUUGUUUGCAGUUCCUAAAUAUCGUCUUCUUAUAUAGCACUAUAUUGAUGGAUCAAAUUGAUAAUAAUGUUUAGUUUGAUUUUGAUGUAGUAAAGAAAUAAGUCACUUGAGUUAUGAAUUUCCAAUAUCUUUUGUGAUAGAUUAAAAUAUGUAUGUUUGGAAUGACAAUAAAAUUAAUAUAAUUACAA